GCCUCUCCCCCCCCCAACCCGCCUUUCCCUUCCCUUAUUGCUGCUGCUGCCGCCGCCGCCGCCAAUGUUGGUGCUGCCGCCGCCGCCGCUGCCGCUGCGGAGAAGGAGGUGGACGUGCUAGGCCGGAGCGCCCUGCCCACUGCCGCCGUCCCUGUGUCCCCUUCCUCCUGCCGGGGGCCUUGCGCUGAGCUGGGGCCCGGCGGGGAGGGGGCAUGGCUGCUUCGCCUGGGGCCCGGCAGGCCGCCUGGGGGGCAGGCACGGGCAAUCGGGGAAGGGGGACCCGGUGGUGAGGGGACUCCUCCUCCUCCUCUUCCUGCCUGCCUGCCUGUGCGUGGGGGGGAUCCCUUCCCAUUUCAGCCUGGCCUCUGCUAUGUUGCGUUCUCCGCAUCUUCUCCAAUAGCUUUUGCAAAUGAAAAUGGAGGAAAUGACUUUGUCGGGCCUGGAUAACAGCAAGUUGGAGGCUGUGGCUCAUGAUAUCUAUACAGACUUGAUUGAGGAUGCCUGCCUGGGCUUGUGCUUUGAGGUCCACCGGGCUGUCAAAUGUGGCUAUUUCUUUUUGGAUGACACAGAUCCUGAGAGUAUGAAGGACUUUGAAAUUGUAGAUCAGCCAGGACUGGAUAUCUUUGGCCAGGUCUACAACCAGUGGAAGAACAAGGAAUGUGUUUGCCCAAACUGCAGCCGAAGCAUUGCCGCCUCCCGCUUCGCCCCACACUUGGAGAAGUGCCUUGGCAUGGGCCGGAACAGCAGCCGCAUUGCCAAUAGGAGGAUAGCAAGCAGUAACAAUAUGAACAAAUCCGAGAGUGACCAAGAAGACAAUGACGAUAUAAAUGAUAAUGACUGGUCAUAUGGAUCCGAAAAGAAAGCAAAAAAGAGAAAAUCAGAUAAGAAUCCCAACUCGCCCCGACGAUCCAAGUCCCUGAAACAUAAAAAUGGGGAACUGAGUGGUAACUCGGACCCAUUUAAGUAUAACAACUCUGCUGGAAUCAACUAUGAAACGCUGGGCCCUGAGGAGCUCCGUACUUUGCUCACUACGCAAUGUGGGGUGAUAUCUGAGCACACCAAGAAGAUGUGUACACGGUCUUUGCGCUGCCCCCAACACACGGAUGAACAGCGGAGGUCAGUCAGAGUCUACCUCCUGGGACCUUCUGCCUCACUUCCUGAGGCGGAAGGAAGUGUGGAGAACGACAGUUUUGACGUGGCAGAAAGUCAAGCCCUCAUGAAUAGACUGCAGUGGGACGGAUCUUCAGAUAUCUCACCUUCUGACUCGGCCUCAUCGAAAGCAAGUACAAACAACUCAGAGUCCCGGAAAACCAAAAAGAAGAAACCACACAUGAGCCUGGUAGGAGGUGCUCCAGGAAUGAGCUCCAGCAAGAAGAAACUGAAGCCGAAGCAGCUUGCACCUCCCACCCCCAGCCUUUAUGACGACAUCAAUUGAAUAAUGCUGGGAUGAGGAUAAAGAAAGCAGGGAGGAGGGGAGGUGCCCCGGAACCCCGUCCAACCCAGUUUGCGGGAAAGGAGCAGGACUGUCUCCUCUCAGGCACACCUUUUUAUGAACUGUGAAGAGAGUUGGCUGCAUGUCUCCCUUUUCCUCCCAAGCCUCCAGCACACAUUGCACAGCCCUUUGUGUCCACUGGAUGUGAGAACGAAAGGACCGGACUGCUUUUGGUGCAGUGGGCACCCACCUCUUCCGGGGAAAAGCAGGGGGUGGUGUUUUGAGGCGGGGCCUUGAAGAUGAGUGACUCCGUCAGCCAGGGAGUCGCUAUUCUCUUUCCUCCCCCACCCCACCCCCCUCCCCGUUUCAACACGUCUAUUUAUUGUGAUGUUAGUGGAUGUUCAAUCAUGACUAUAUAUACGGUGGCAUUGUAUCGCUUCGCAGCCCUGGAGACUGACUGGGCGGGGUGGUGUGUGUGCAGCCUUUUCGGCCUGGUUUGCGAGAGAAUUAAAGGGUCUCUGGGGGGAAAUGGAGAAUGUCUGUUGCGCUUCAGUGCCUGCCCUUCCUUCUCGAGAGCCUCUGCUCCAAAACGGAGCCUCCUUUCCGUCGUGCGAAGGGGGCACCAGAUCGUGAACCUGCCUCUGAGCUGCGGCGGCGGCGCUCCGUUGUUCAAAAGGCUGUCUCCGUGGCUGCUGUAUCCCUCUUGCCCCCCUAAGCAGGAAUAAUGUUCUUGCUGCAGAGAGCAGUCCUCAGACGUCUGCACAACCUGAGCAAACUGGGAUGGAGGCCGAAGAGAGGUUUGGUGUUGUGUUGCUGCUGUCACUACUGCCAAACGGUGUCUGCUUCCCUGCCAAAUGGCAUUUCCAAGACUGUGUAUGAAGCAACAUGAUGAAUGGCUUUGAUGAUGUGGGCAGUCUCUCCCGGCGAUGCAUGUCAGGAAGCUGGUGCAGCUGUUUGCUUCCUAACUCUUCCUAUACUGGGCACAAAUCUACGUUUUGCCCAGCCCUGGUGAGCCAAUACCAUAAGAUUUGCAAUGCUUUAUACAUACUCCGUAUGCAGGUAUGAAUCUCCGUACAGCCCUAAAAAUUGGCUGUAAAUUUAGAAUAGUUGGUUGUUGCUUUUUUUAAUUAAAAAAAUAUGGCUCUGCAGUUUAACAUCCCUCAGAAGAUGUUAAUGAAGGUCAAGCACAGGAGGGGCAGCGCUGCCUUCCCUACUGUGGCCUGUGUGGGUCGAUGAAUCUAAACAUAACCUUGCUGGAGUAUUAGAGCCAAUCUAAGUGUGCCUGGGUGGGGCAGUAGAAGAGAUGAGAGGGAGGAUGUAUACUCUUAAGUGAGUACUUCCACCGCUCUCUCCCCAUCUAUAUAAACCUCCCUUCCACCUCAAUCCUGGCCUGAAUUCUAUUCCUUCUGUAAGCAGGUGCAGUUUUUAAAACGCCAGAAAUCAUGGUGGUCCUAGAUGGAAACUUGAAAUUGCAAAGUUGAUUCCGGAAGGUGGAGUGUUGCAGGUUUUCAUUGUGUGUCUCUGCUUCUCUCUUUUCUGGAAUUUUGACAAGACUUAGAAAAGGGCAUGUGCUGUCCAAUAAGCUUUGUGCAAGCCCAGCCCUGCCACCCCAGCUUCUGAACAUACUUAAAGGGAAUUUCUCGUGUAUUCUUUUUCCCUUUCCUCUAUUCCAGAGAAUGCAAAUAUGUGUGUGUGUUUGGGGGGGGGGAGGGAGAUACUAAGAUUUUCCCUCCCAUAAAUCUGUUCUGUUGCAGCUACGCACAUGCCUGCUUCAGCACAGCGAUGUCUGCUGCUGAUGCUGGUUUUUCAGGACUGAGCCUUUCGAACCUUUUCCUCCAUUCUCAUAGCAGCUGAAAAAGCCAGUUGGGUUGCAGAUGAAAGUCCGCCUUUGCCACGGCUAAAAUUCAUAGGCUUAGUUCUGUAAGGAGAGGCUUCUCUGAGCAAUCACUUCCUACAGUCCCGAAACAGAAAACUUUUCAGAUGUUCAGCUGUUUGUAUGGAGGGUCUCCGAAGAGCCUUAUAUCUUCCUGCUUUCUCCUUAGUUUUUCACACUUUUCCUGCCUGUGAGGGCCCAAAUUGUGGCGGCCGUGUUUCCCUACAAUGCAGCAUGGAUGCUGAACCUGCAGUCACUCAGCAGGAGUGUGCGGCUGAUGAUGUUCAGCAUGUCUGGAAGUAGAGGUAGCCUACUCAGCAAGUGAACACCAUUUCUAGUUUUCUCUCUCUUUCCCCACCCCCUUGCUCCUCUUCACUUUGCUUCCCUAGGCAAAAGGUACAAGGUAUGCAGGGACUGUUCAGAGGAUGAGGUAGCUUUUGCUCCACAUGGAGCAAGAACUCCAUGUUAUUUAAAGGUAAAUAACAUGACUUGGAGCUCUAACAGCUGAAUCGUACAGUUCUUUUGUCUUGAAGGGAUGGAUCCUGCACCACGACCAACCUUUUUUUUUUUUAAAAGGUCACCUGUUUUCUUCUAUGGCAGUCUGCACUCCCUCAUCAUUAGAAACCUAUGCUUCCUGUUGUGCUUUAGCAAAUGUUUUUGAAAACAUGACUUGACAGCCUGUGCUAUGCAGGCAAUGAUCAGCCUUGCACCCACUUCUGACUUAACUAGUUGAACCCAAUCAUAUCUUUCCAGGGAGAAAUAGUAAGGAAGAAGAGGAGGUAGACUUUUAUUCAAACCAGGACCAGUUACCUUCUCUAUGCCUGGCAACCAGUUGCUACCCCAUUAAAAUUAUGUACCUGUAAAACUGAAGCGGCGCAAAAGUGGCCAGAUUGAGGGAAAAGGAAGACCCCUGCUCAGCCUCCAUGGUUGCAACUGAACCCUUUGGGAUCAUGUUGCAGAUAACCUAGGAAGUGUAGCAUCUGGGGAAUUUUGAACAUUAAUUGAGGGAGGGGUAGGGUGGGGGAAGACCUAGGUCUUUUUAUAUAUGGCUCUGUAUCUGCACUUGCACCCUUUAAUUUUUUUUAAGGUAGGCCUGUUUCACUUGAAGAAGAAAAAACAAACCCGUGUAUUCUAUCAUGAGUGGACUGUUGGGAGGUUUUUAAUUUGUUGAUGAUGAUGUACAAACUGCACCUGUGUGAUAUCUUUGAACAUGUGCAGAAAUCAUUGGAGUAAGUACUGUACUGUGGUCUCUGAAUUAUUUUUUAAAACUUGUUUUGUGUAUGUAAUCUCAGCUUGUACAGGUAGGUAGCUAGAUUUUUUUUAAAAAAACAAAACAACCCUGUCAAAUCUGUAUUUUUUUUCUGCCCAUCCAUGGAUUGCGGAAUGCCUGUGUAAAUAAACUGCAACUCUGCUUGGUA